AUGAGCAACAGGGGUCGACUCUUGGCCGGUUCUCACAACAGGAACAAGUUUCUCCUCAUAAAUACUGACGAGAAUGGAAGAUGUGUUUUUGGAGAUAUGGGUAUUGGAAUGUCUAAGAUGGAUAGUUUAAAGUUGGUUAGUCUUUGUAAAGAAAGGAAAGAAUUGAUUAAGGCUGCGGUUGAUUGUCGUUAUGAAUUAGUGUCAGCUCACAUUAUGUAUUUGCAAUCAUUAGUAGAAAUGGGCAAUGCACUUUAUAGAUUUUUAGAGGAAGAUUUAGAGAUUAUUCCGGAUUUUUCUAGUGAUUGUUCUGAUGAGGAUUCGCAUUUGAAAUUUUCUUCCUCGGAUUCUGAUUCGUUAGCUGAUUCUUUUCAUGAUCACUUGCAUUUUUCAGGAGAUUCUUCAGGGUCUUCUGGAUCAGAGAAAGAUUUUCAAGCUGGGGCGAAUUCGAGUAGACAUGUGGGAAAUAUGUCCUCUAGUGUUCCAGCAGGUUCUAGGCAUAGGAGCCCUAAUUGUGACAAUAAAGAUGUAUAUGUUCCAAUUAUUGAUGUGAGGUAUCCUCAAGAAAACAAUAUAGUGCCUUUGGAUGCUGCAAUGGAUAAUUCGGAAAACAAUGCCACAUGUGCUCCUAAUGGAUAUUGGGAAUCGUCUAGAGCUCCAAUGGGCAUUCCUUUUAAUUAUGAGUUUUGGUUCCCUCCUACCCAUACUGAUCCUUCAGAAGAAGAGAGUGCUCCUGCUGCUGCCCCUUCUCCUGCAACAGUAGGUUCUGCAUGGAAAUUCAAUCCAUUUAACCCUGAGGUUGAUGAUGCCUAUCAUUACUAUAAUUGCUAUUCUCAGGAGAAUACAACUGGUGACAGAGCUGAGAGUGAUGAUUCCGAAGUCAGAAAAAUCAGAGAAAAAGAGGGAAUCCCUGAUUUGGAAGAUCAUACUGAUCAAAGUUUAGUGAGGAAAAGAAGAUCCAAGAAGAAGAAAUCAGAGAGAGAUACAAGUGGAGAUUCUGGUGGUGGCACAAAGAAUGAUGAUCACAUACAGUCAGAACAAGAAAAGGGGUCUAAAAAAACACCCGACACUGUUGAAGAACAUACCAUGGCAUGUUCCAGUUCCCAUGGAUUGAUCGACAUGGAACAGGAGAAUGCAAUGAAAGAAGGUGAGGGUUCAGAGGAGGGCCGAUCAUUCAUCUGCGAUUGUGAAUGUUCUGAAACAGAUAUCCAUUAUCCAAGGGAUCUUCAGCAAGCAGUAAAGGAAAUCAAGAAUGAGUUUGAGACUGCUUUCAACUAUGGACAAGAGGUUUCCAUAUUGCUUGAGGCAGGCAAGCUGCCUUUUCAGACUACGGGUGCCAAAGUUAAAGUAUUUGCCUCUCAGCUUGUAAGUUUGGCAGCUCCUUCUCUUGCAAUGUCUUCAAAGCACCCAGCUUAUAUUCAGUCAAGUAGAUCUGCUUCCAAGAAAAUGAAGUCAGCCAAAGUUGUCUGUGAAAAUUAUAGGGGUGUUAAUAGAAAAAUAAAUCACCUGUCUUCCACUUUGGAGGAGCUGUAUGUAUGGGAGAAGAAACUCUAUGAGGAGGUUAAGUCAGUGAAUUCAUCUUUGUCAACCAAUUUAUGCACAAUGCAUGAGCUUGAAGAUCUAUUUAUAAGUGUCCAUGGGGUGGGGUGGGGUGGCUUGCCAUGGAAGAUUCACCAAGAGCGAGUAUAUAUAGGACACAGUCCUAGUAUGAAGCUCCCUGAUGAAGAUUUUGGCAUUGUUGAGGAAAAACUCCGUGUUAUUUAUGAUAAUGAGUGGAAGAGGCUAAAAAGGCUAGAUGAUAUAGGUGCUGAGGCCAGUCAGAUUGAUAGGACACAAGCUUCUGUUAAAAGUUUGCUUUCAAAAAUUAAAGUUCCUGUCGGUGCAAUUGAAGCAAUAUCAAUCAGGAUUCACAAAAUAAGAGACGAAGAGCUGCAAACCCAAGUGAAUGAAUUGAUAAUAGGAUUGGCAAGAAUGUGGAAGCUCAUUAUCAAGUGCCACAAAAAGCAAUUUCAAGCAAUUAAAAAUGCUGAGACUUGUGUACAUAUAGCUCGUAUGCACACUCGCAAAGGUUCACGCUUAAAGGCUACUAAAAACCUAGAGAAAGAAACCUUGAAAUGGGCAGCACGCUUUAGCCACUACAUUAGAACCCAGAAAGCUUUUGUGUCAUUCUUGAACAAUUGGCUUCUGAGGUACAUAUCUGAGGAGUUAAAAACCCUAGAUGAAGUUGAUCCAUUGUCUCCAACCAGGAUAGGAGCUCCUGCCAUUUUUGUUGUUUGUAACGAUUGGAAUAACGCAAUUCAGAGUAUUUCAGAAGAUGGAGUGUAUCAGGCCAUUCUUGGUUUUGCUUCAAGCUUACACCAUUUACAGGAGAAAAGAGAAGAAGAAUGCCGCCAGAGAAUUAAAAUCGAACACCUUUUGAAGGAUUUGGAGGAUCAAUUUGAGCAAGAUGUUAUAGUUGCUAUGCAGGAGAUGUUAGAUGAACAAAAAUCAACUCAUCAAGAAGCUAUUAAACUAGCCAAUGAUGCUGCUUCAGAGUGCUUGACGAAGGGUCUACCUCCUGUUUUUGAGACUUUAAAGAGCUUCUGUCUGGAGAAUUUGAAAGCUUAUGAGAAAAUUAGAAUACCAAAUGCAAGUACGAUUAGAUAA